UAUGGAAACUUGUCAGUGUCACAUAAAGAGAUGGUAUAUUGUUUACAAAAAAGUAAUAGUACAAAAUGGUUAAUAAAGAUUGGGAAAAAGUUUCACCCUCCUUAUCAGCACCUGUAUUAAACUGUAUUAAAAAGCAAGGCUUCAAAUGUAUGACUCCGAUACAGGCCGCUGUGAUCCCUUUACUUUUGUCUUGCAAGGAUGUAGUCGCGGAGGCAGUUACUGGAUCUGGGAAAACUUUAGCUUUUGUAGUACCUAUGCUGGAAAUGUUAAUAAAGAAAGAGAAAGACAGUCCACUUAGAAAAGAUUUCGUUUAUUCCAUUAUAAUAUCUCCGACGCGUGAAUUAGCAACUCAAAUCUUUGAGGUAAUCAAACAAUUUCUUCAAGAGCCUGAACUGUCCCACAUAAUACCAUGUUGUCUAGUCGGUGGCAGGCCGGUAGAAACUGACAUAGAAAGUGUACAAAACGGAGCACAGAUAGCAGUGUGCACCCCGGGUAGGCUGCAGGACUUACUGGCUGAAAGGAAAAAUUUAAAUCUGCCAGGAAGAGUUAGAGAUUUGGAGUUACUAGUAUUGGAUGAGGCAGAUCGUCUUCUAGACUUGGGUUUCCACACAACCCUCACCACAAUACUGCAAUACAUGCCACGUCAACGUCGCACCGGUUUGUUCUCCGCCACACAGACAAAAGAGUUGCAGGAUUUAGUCCGUGCUGGUCUUAGAAAUCCGGUUCUCAUAAGCGUCAAAGAGAAGUCCACAAUUAGCACACCUAUUUCUCUAGAGAAUUACUAUGUUAUAAUAGAACCACAGGACAAAUUCCUCUUCAUGUUGAACUUUAUCAGGAACAGGAAGCUGAUGAAGGGCUUAUUCUUUCUGCCGACGUGUGCGUGCGUGGACUACUGGGCGAGCGUGUUGCCAGUUUUUCUGCCCGAUUUAAAGGUGUUUGCGAUACAUGGCAAAAUGAAACACAAGAGAGCUAAGAUUCUCGAGAAGUUCCGACAGGCUGAACGCACGAUUUUACUGUGCACAGAUCUAAUGGCUAGGGGCUUAGACAUCCCGGAAGUAGAGUGGGUACUCCAAUGGGAGCCGCCCACUAAUCCGGCUGCGAUCGUCCACCGGGCUGGGAGGGCCGCCAGGGGAGGGGCAUCUGGGUGCUCCUUGUUACCACUUCUGGCCACUGAGGACGCCUACGUGGGCUUCAUCAAGGCGAACCAGAAGGUGGAGAUGAAGGACUGGAGACAGUCGGGCGAUGAGAUCAAGAUUGGGGAUCGGUUGAGGGAGAAGGUGCUAUCAAUACUUCACGAACAACAAAAGAAAGAUCGCGCGAUAUUAGACAAAGGGCAGCGAGCUUUCGUCUCACACAUAAGGGCAUAUUCAAAACACGAGUGCAAUAUAUUAUUACAGCUAAAGGAAUUGCCCCUAGGGCACAUAGCUACUAGCUACGGGCUCCUGAAACUGCCCCUAAUGCCUGAAAUAAAGGAAGAACAUAGAAAACAAUUUGUAGGCCCCAAAGAGAAAAUAGAUUUCAAUAGCAUUCCAUACAAAGAUAAACAGAAGGAAACCAGCAGAUUGCAGAAGUUGGAAGAGUAUAAGAAGACUGGAGUCUGGCCAACGAAGAAGAGAAAAAAGAUGACCAAAACUCAGCCAUGGGAACAAGCAAAACAGAACAAAGAAGAGAAAAAAGAAAAACGUAAAAAGAGGAAAGAAGCCAAACAGAAGAUGAUCGCAGAAGGAAAGAAGGCGACAAAAAAGAGAAAAACAGUGACUCAAGAAGAGAUAGACGAACUAGCCGCUGACGUGGCAUUGAUAAAGAAACUUAAAAAACGAAAAAUUUCUAACGAUCAGUUUGAUAAAGCGUUUGAAGUUGAUAAAUAAGCACUUAUUGUAUUGUUAUGUUUUGUUUUUAUUAUUCCUAAUCGUAUCUUGAAUGCAGUAGGGGUCUCAGUGCAGUGUAUUAAAAAUUAUUGUAUGCAUAGAUGGCGCAUAAUUAUACCGCAAUCAUAUUUAUUUUAUAUCAAUAAAAUUAUGUAAAUAUGGGAUGAUUUGAUGCUAUUUUAAAAUAGUUUUGUAAGAGCGGUAUAUGCUAUUCAUAAUCAAACAAGGGCAAUUUUAUAUUGAAUCAAAAAUGUGUGGGUUGAAGAAAAAAUGUGUAUGCCCACGGUUAAGGUUUACGUUUUUUCAGUAAUCGUAAAAAUAUUGUAUUGUCACCGAUCCUUGAUAAGGGUACAAAGUUUGAAUUAUUAUACUGUUCGAAAUCAGAAGAGGACUGUUGAAUAUUAGUUUGAUGUGAUAAGACUGUGCUGCAAUCCUGCACAACUAGAUACCUAAUUGAUUUAGUCAUUUGGUAACAAAUCGCAGCCACUCACAAAGACUAUUAACAAAGUGAGGGUAGUUUUUAAAUAAAAUAACGAGAUGAAAACUCCAUUCUAUAUUAUACUUCAUACCUCAAAAGGUCAAAACAUGAACUGUUUUGACAUGACUAAACUUUUUGCAUGGUUGGCUCCAAGAUUCGAACUUAGAACACCUCUCACUACAAUGAGUCAUAACCGACGUAAGAGUAAUAUAAAAAAACAUAUUACUAUUCCCGUGCACUUCCUUCUUACGAGAGCUUAUGUGACGAUUCAUGUAACAUAAGAAUGUUACCUAAAUAUAACAUAGAUAAAAAAUUCUACAAAAGCCAUCAUCGCCGCCUUUUGGGGAAGUACAAUUCCAAAUAACAUUUAGUGAAGGGUACUUGAAAUAUGAGGGUUUAAAAAAUGAUACAACCAGUGAAAAUAGUAAAAUAGACAUUUAUUGCAGCUCAACUUUCAUAAUUGCAACAUUUUGAGUAUUAAUUAUCUAACACAACAAGGCACUUCGUUCCAACUGCUCUUGAUAAUUUCCAACAUAUUCAAAAUUAUUUUUAACAUCAUUGGCAAAUCACAUUAAUAUACUGGCAACAUCGUUUUGGAAAUUGAACGAGUAAGAAUUAAAAUUAGGAAUACUAAUGACAUCAAAAACUAAUAGCUUGUCAAUUAGCACCAAUGUGUUGCCAUUUAACAAACGCAAAAUUAUUAUUUAGUCUGUAGAAUUUUAAUUAAAACUGUCAACGAUUUUACCGCCAAAAUGAGUCAGAAAUUUUUUUUUUAUUAUUUUAUUUGUGGCGAGAUAAGGUAAAAAAUAUGUAACAUUACGCGAAAUAAGCUUUACAAACACACACUUAUAUUGAUCAAGCGAAUGUUAACAAUGUUUAAAGCAAAUUUAACGGUUAGUGGUCCACAUUUUAGUUUAAUACAUAACAAAAAAUAUUUAUUGAGAAUCUCUAGGUUAUACCUAUUUGUUUGACAUUUCAUCUUCUUACAUUAACGGGGAAAUAUAAAACAAUCUAUUGCAUCUUAAUUAUAAAUAACAUUUAGAUCAAUAAAGAUAAUCAAAAUGAGCAAGGGUUUAUAUACAUUAAAAUUCAAUAAGAAAUAACGUGAGGGAAGACGUCAUUACAAAUAGGGUAUUUUUAUUAAUUGCAAUACUAGAACCAUAUUGGCACCUUAUAUGAUAUAAUAUAGAGAAUAAACUUAUUGUGCGUUGUAUUUUACUAUUUUCAUUUUAAAACUUAUUAUUUUCUAAAAAUUGGAGAGCUAUAUACACAUUUUCCGUCAGCACAAACAGACAGUCAAAUAAUUUAUUUUUAUAAAGAGAAAGCAGCAAGCCCCGUUAAUAUUUAAAAUAAGCAUUUAAUCAUUUGGCACGAUUCAAUUAUAUGCAAUAUUCUGAAAUAAAAUUUAAAGAAAAAAAAUACUCAUCGCGUGUGAAUAUUAAAAAUGAAGCUUCAAAACAUAUCCGUCUCGCUCUUAAGCAAAGAUAAACAGCUAUGUAAAAGUGUUUCUGUCCUGUAUCCACACGCGUGCGACACUAUAUAAUAAAAAGGGAAAUCUAUAACGCGCAUAUCUAAUACCGCAAAUAUAAACUUUAAAAUAAGUACAAUUAGCUCGAUAUUUCCUGCGUUUACACGAUAAAUGUUAGCUACCAAAACAAAAUAAGUAAUACAAAAAAUAAUAAUUAAUAAUAUAAUAAUAACUGAAGCUUCACAUACGAUGUACGACAAAUAAUUUACACAAAUAUCCUUAAUUAUACAAGCAUUUCAUACAAUCUACACCAUGCAUUGCCUUGUCAUGAUCUUAAAAAAACAUCUAAAAUUACGCCAUCUUAAAAUUACAAAAAAAAA